AUGUCAUAUAGGAAUCCAAGCCAUUCAAGUCACAUGGACCCAAGACCCCACACUACAGUACUUCUGGCCACCGAAGAACAAGCGAGGAACAACAAAUCCCACGCUGUUCAUAUCUACCACGAUCAGAAUGGGAAUUAUGUUGGUCAUGUAGUUUUCCCUGAGAGGCAGAAUAAGAGUUCCGACAAUUGA